AUGUUUCAAAAGCUUGUCAAGUGGACGAUGGGCAACGAAAGUUCUUUGAUCAACUUCCGAAGAGGAUCCAAAGAUCGCGACGCUCAGAUCGUCAUCGAUUGCGUGGAGGACUACAUGUUAGUUUUCAGAGAAGCUUUUCCUUGUCCCGUCCCUAAUUUUUUUCUGAGCUGACUUUUCCUUUCCUUUGGUUAGUCUCACUGGAAUAUAUGAGAAGUUUCGGAAAACUUGAACUGAAUAAUUGCUUUGGUGGAUGCCUGAUCGUUAUUCCCUUAGAGAACUAAUUAAGAUUCGCUGAGCCUCGAAUCCAAAAAAAAACCUUGAAAAAGGGAAAUUUAAUGUCCGAGCUUUUUUUUUUGAAGAGGUUUUCUGAAAUUUUUUCACAGUUAUAUUGUAUGAACGUACAUCCGAAGAUUGUCAAACAACAAAAUAUGCAGCUUUCCGAAGUUUUUUUUCAAAGAUUCCAUAGUAAAAAAAUGAGAAACUCAUGAAAAAGAAAUAUAGAAAUGAAAAACCUGUGUACAGACUUUUCCGGUCUUGAAAACUUUUUAUCUUUCGAAAAUCCAGCUUUGGGUAAGGAUUUUGGUCAUUUUGAAGUCUAAAGAGUCCUACUUACAUGAAUCAGUUGGUGUGGAAAUUUCUCGAAAGGCUUAACUUUUUUUAAAUUCAAAAAAACUAAUCAGAUUCUUUUAUGAGAGCUUUUUUCAAGUCCUUCUAAUCCACAAAAUCUGCGAAUUUCAAUUCGAGAUGUCCGGGAUUCACUGCAAAGGGAAACCCUUACAUGAUUGGAAUAAUUAUUGGUUAAUUAAAAACCUAUUGGAAUUUAGAAUAAAUUGAGGACUCGUAAUUCAGGAGUUAGGCGGUGAGAAAUGUGGAACAGAUCAGCAACUAGCAGCAUUCCGUUCUGAAACCUCAUAUAGUUAUUAUAUUUUUUUCUAAAAAAAACUUUGGGGGGCGAAUUCUUCAUUUCAUUCAAAAAUCUCUCGGUGUUUCUCUUUUUGUAAAGCUUCGAGCGAUGCAAUUUGAGGUCUUUUCAAAACAUAAAUUCUUAGAGUAAAUCAAGUUUUUUGAACACUGAAAGGAGAAUCGAAAGUCAAGCUUUUUUCGAAAUACUUCAAACAACAAGUCGUGACCCGAGGCUCUUGCCGCAGUUCUCCCUUUUCAGCUCUUGGCUCAUCUUUCGGCCAAACGAGCCGUCUGAGGUGUUAUCUCAACAGAUUUCCGACUUGCUUCCAUUUAACCGAGAUGUCCGUGUUCAGAGAGGUGCCCAUCUACCGCAAAAAGUCCAACCGAAGCGUCAGCCGUCAACGUCUUGACCACGGCUCAUCGCCUCUCAAGAAGGCGAGUCUCGACUCCGGAAGCCUCAGUUCCAGAAAAUCCUCCGGUUCGUUCUUUUCUGGAUCGUUUCUCUUCUCGGCUCCGUGUAAGAAGCGAUCGUUGAAAAAUCGUCUCAAAAACUUUGUAGAGUAACGCUUGAUUGUAAAUAGAAUGUCGUGCAAGUAGCGACUACGAGGGAGCAUUUCCCAUGUUUAACAAAGUUUUAGUCUUUUUUUUUUUGAUAUUUCCGAACUUCUAUUUCCGAACAUGCAAUUUUUAUUUUUUGCCCUCAAAACCUCAUGAGGAAAUGAACAAAAAAAAGAUGGGAGAAGCGGGAAAAGGGCAGACGCCGAAUCAUUGGACCAAUUUCCUGCAUCCUUUCAUUGAGUCGCCCCCUCACGAGAGAUGUUCCUUUUGUUUUACCUCACUCGUUACAAACUCUUCGAAGCGCGUCGCUUUUGCAGUUUCAAGUCCGCGCGGUUUGUCGAGCGACGGAUCCGGCGAUUCGCUGCUCAGUCCACUCACGUUGGUCUACGACCGCCGUCGGAGUCGCAGUUUGUGCUCCGCGCAAAUGAAGGAUGAUGUGCAGGUUGGUCUAACAAUCCUUUCCUUUGGAAGUUGAUUUCGAACUUGUCGGCCCACAGAAAGUGGGAAAUUAGCCUUCUGUGUGAUCGCUACGGCUAUAUUCAGGCCGUUACAUCGCCCUCCAAGGACAAAGAGGAGAAGCUGAGCAGCCGGAAGUCGAGCAGCGGACUCGUUCCUUCCCUCAACCGCCUUCGGAUUCAACAAUGCUACCGUGGAGCCAAGUCAUUUUUUGCUUGACUUGUGUAAUCUGAGAAGAAGAAUAAGAAAACAGUUAACUCCGACACAAAGAUCCAAUUUUAAACGGCGAUUUUCUAUUUAAAGAAGUGAGGAGGAAAUUCCGUGGGAACUUGUUGCAAUUCGAGAGUUUCAAGAAGGAGAUUGAAGAUUUUCUAAAUUUAGAAAUUCUUUUAUACUUUCCCAAAAAAAUACUCUGGUCUUACGAAGAUUAGGAGAAUCGCACAAAAAUUCAUGUGGUUCUUAUAGCUUUCAGAAAAAGUUAUUCAUGCUUAAAAUGGGGAGGAUUCCGAUGUUCAGAAUCGAUAUUAAAAGUGCCAUCUUCAGACUUUAGGUUUGGAAGAUGUUUCUGUGCCAAAAAAUAAUACUCUAAAAGGGUUCUAGAAUUGAAAAUUUCCUUUAAUAGCGUUAAAAUCCGAAACUAUUAUCAAAAAUUUCAAGAUAUCUUCAAAAAGUUAGUAACGCACUGGGGAGGAUUCCGGUGUUCAGAAUCGAUAUCUUGAGAAACGAACGCAAAUAAAAAUCUUAUUUUCAGGCCAUCGAUUGGCGAAAGCAUAAUGAAGCGAGCAGCGGCAUCUCGGCCAGAAAUGCGAGCGUUUCUGAGCAAAAUGAACGAUCAGCAGAUGGAGUUCAUGCAGAGGGACAUGUACGAACUAAUAACUGACGCCGUCGAAAACGCGGACAAGUCGGACAAAGUGAGUUCUGAGCUGAGAGCUUUGAAAAGAAAAGUGUUCAACUCAGGUUCUUGCCCACGCACGACAGUUUGGCGACACCUACGCUUCGCUUUGUCCUCUCGGCUUCCGUCCCGACCUCUUCUCGACUAUCGCAGAUGCCGCCAUCGCAGAAUGCGUCAAGCUCGACAGCGGAGUCCACAAGAGGUGAGAGGAUCGCGAGGAAUGCCUCGAAGGAUGACGUCACAGAUGCGAGACUCUCUCGGCGUGGAGCCAACUCUUCUCGGCCCUUUUUUCGGCUGUCCGCGACGGCUACUAUCAGCGCAUCCGACAGCAGCGUCGCACCUCUGUACCGCACAAUCCAAUUAGUAAACAGGUACUGUCUCUAAAGGCAAGAGCGAUUCGAUUUUUGAGUGAGAAAACCGCAAAAAACCAAGUCAUUAUCAAUAUGAUUUCGUUAUUGUCGUUACGUCACAAAAAUUUUCAGUGACAUAGAACACUUAAAUUUCCGUGAACCUGUCCUACAUGAAAACUUAACUAGGUCAAAAAAAGAAAACUUUCUCUAAUCAUCACACCGGAAAGCUGACUCAAUUCAUUUCCACUUAAAUCGUUGGAAAACUUUCUGUCACGACCAUAACGAAAAAAGACAUUUUCAGCUAUCGGUUGAUUUUUCUCCCAAGGGAAUCGAGAGACGAGACGCUGUAGUCCGUUGA